AUGUCUGAACAGGAGUCUGAUGAAGUUAAGCGUAUGAAACAAUUGGAAGAGGCUAGAAAGAGAGUAGAAGAAUUGAAGAAAAAGAAAAAUAAAAAGAAUAAAGGUAAGAAGAAUAAAAAUAGCAGUGCCACAGGCUCUAUAGGAUCUGAAACUCCUGAUUUAGAGGGCACACCAGGCGAAGAGUCCACACAGGAGGAGACUGUGAAAGCAAAUUCCACCAAAAGUGAAAACAACGAUCAAAAUGACGUGGAUGAGGAGAGUGAAGAAAAAGAAAUAGAACAGGUUAAAUCAGAUCCUUCGGGCACAACAGAAAAAGAUAUUGAGGAAAUAAAUAGUACUUCAUCAAAUGUGGGAAAGGAUGAUGCAGAAAACACAAAAAAAGAGGAAGUUCAAGAAGUUAUAAAAAAUAACAACGAUGAGCAAACAGCAGAUGCCGGAAAGACCAUAGAACCACAAGAGGAAAAGAAAAUUGUACAAACUCAAGAAGGAAACGAACCUUCAAAUACAUCAGAAGCAGCAGACGAUUUAUUUGCCAAUGACGGCAAUGAAGAAUCUGACUUUCUCACCACGAUUAAAAAGCAAAAAGAAGAAGAUGAGUUGACCAAACUAAGGGCGGAAAAUGAGAAACUCACACAGGAAAAUAAACAACUGAAAUUUUUGAAUAUGGAAAAUGAAACUACUGUCGAUGACCUACAGGAUCAAUUGCAGGAAAAAGAAGACAUCAUUAAUGGUUUACAAAACGAUUUGCAAACCGCAAGGGAUGAAUUAAUUGCCGCAGUAGAAAAAUUAAAAUUAGCAGAAGCUAAGGCAGCAAGAAAUACCACAGCAACUCCUAUUCAAUUUGCGGAUUUCAACACUUCAAGCAAUAAUCUAACUCCCUCACAAUCUGUAACCAAUUCUGGUACGCAGGUGGCCCACGGGAAUAAUAUGGAAGUGGAUCGCGUUAUGCUGAACAAAUGGCGCCAGUGGAACGUAGACAUGACCACUUGGAGAAGUAUUGGUUCUGGCCCAAUAAUGGAAUUUUGA